UCCUGUGAGCUGACCAGUUUCCCUGUUGCUGUUUACCAGCUGCUGAGGAACACGGAGGUUCUCAGCUGUAGCUUGAACAGCAACCUGCUCAAGUUCCUGCCGAAAAGGCUCUGUGCCCAGUUUCCUCAUCUACAAGAGCUGUCCCUAUCUGGGAACCAGCUGCACAGCUUGCCUGCAGAACUCCAACAGCUGCAGCAGCUGAAGAGUCUUGACGUCUCCCACAACAGCUUCUCCAACUUUCCUGAGGUUGUUUUCCAGCUGACUGGGCUUGUCACGUUCAAUGUCAGCAACAACGCUAUAGUGG